UUCGACCCAUAUUUCCAAAGUCUGGUGAAGUUCCGAAUGAACGAAGCGAAAGUAAAUCGCGAAAUGCACCAGGAAGCCAUUGGGAUAAACAAAGUUGGAGUACGAUAGCCGUUAACAAGAUAGGUGAACUGCGAUUAAGAAAAUGACACAUACAAUUAUGUAUCAAAGGAGAUGUGUUGCAGGAAAGAGUUCCGAAGAUGACUGAAUAUUGUGACACUUGUCUCUUUGUGAACUCCACACAUGGCUGUCCUGCAAAACGUUACACUUGCUGAAUCCUACUGGAUAGAAUAACAGUUUCUUUCUGUAUUCCAAAAAUACUGUAAAACAAAGUCGGACACUGAAAAGGCGACUUCGGAACAAAAGGAAUAGGACACGUUGAAAGCUGUGAAAUAGAAGGGACUGGCACCUUCUCCCUCUCCAUCAGGUUUUUUAUGUAUUUUUUUUAUGUUCAUCUCAUUUUUAAAAUUAAUGAAUUUGUUCAUCAGAUUCACUGUGAAACACUGCCAUACUUCCUUUCUUACACUUCCAGACCCCUCCUUCGCAAAACAUUCUUGCACAUGUUUACAGCUGAGAGCAGACGAGAGAAAACCGAGAUUGCAACAGAAAGCUUCAGUGCACUGACAUAUAUUCUGGCCUCCCACACAACCACACAUCCAUUUUUAUUGAUGUUGCCUUCACCCUACUGUAUGUAAUUUGAUUGCUUUCCUUUUGUGAAACGAAUUAGCCCCCAGGCUCGCCUACUGGCAAAUAGGCAAUCACUACUUUUCCUCAUACUAUUCACCAAACCUAAAUGAACCUCCCACCAGCUUUCCCUUUGCCCACAAACUCCACCAUCCCCUCACCUUCACCACUCCAUCCAGCCAUCGCCCCCUCUGUGAAGCAGGGAGUCACCAUCCUGUACACCUGCUUGUACGGCUGCCUCUUCCUGGUGGUGUAUGUCCAGCUCUGGCUCCUGCUGCUGUACCGGCACAAGCGCUGGAGCUACCAGAGUGUUUUCCUCUUCCUGUGUCUGUUCUGGGCCGCUCUUCGCACCACACUCUUCUCCUUCUACUUUCACAAUGCCCUGGGGGCCAACCACCUGCCCAUGAUGGCCUACUGGCUCCUCUACUGCUUCCCGGUGUGCCUGCAGUUCUUCACCCUCAGCCUCAUCAACCUUUACUUCACCCAGGUGUUGCUCAAAGUGAGAGGCAAAUUCAGCUCGGAGCCAAGCAAAGGACUGUGCGUGGCUCGCUGUGCAUAUGCAGCGAUGAGUGCUGUGUUCCUCUGUGUCAACGUGGCAUGCGCCACUCUCGGGCAGAGAGGGGGAGGGGGAGAUCAAGCCUGGAGACUCGUUCUUAUCCGAGUACUUGUCAAUGACCUGCUCUUCAUAGUCGAAGCUGUGACCCUGGCCUCUUCGCUCCUGCUCCUUACCCGGCUCGCACCCUCCACCAGUCCUUACCUGCAUAGCAAGGGUACAACAGUGUGCCGAACCGCAGUUCUCGGGGCAGGUGUGAUUCUGCUGUUCUCCAGUAGGGCGUGCUACAACCUGUUCAUUCUGGUUCUUUCCCAGAGCCACAGGGUGGAGUCCUUUGAUUAUGACUGGUACAACAUCUCUGACCAGGCUGAUCUGCGCAGUGAACUGGGUGACAGGGGUUACUUGGCAUUUGGAGUCAUUCUCUUUGUGUGGGAGCUGCUACCAACCAGCCUACUCAUUCUCAUCUUCAGAGUCCGACAGCCCCCUCAAGAAACGGGCUGCAAUGCAGUCAUAAACAGUCGCAGCCAUCGUUCCUACUUCUUUGAUGAUCCCCGGGGGAUGGACAGUGACCUGGGUGUCUCCUGGGCCCAGAGUGCACACCCACACAACAGCUGGUUUGGCCCCAGUGAGACUGAACCUCUUCUCUUCACAAGGAAUUCUGAUCCAACCAAUCAGCACCACACCCUCUACUCAACCCCCCAGAAUUGACCAACCAAAGGGUGAUGGCCCACAAUACAACCACUUUAUUCAUCAUUCCAUUGAGUGGACAAAUAGGAGUUGACCACUGCUACACCGUUUGCCCUCCCAUCUUAAAAAACAAAUGGAAUACCCAUUUAAACAGCAGCAUUCAGUGUUACCUCCAUAGAUUUGAUAUUAAUCAGCAUGGAUAUAUGAGAUAGGACAUGGGGAAUAGGACCGUGUCUUUUAGAAAUUAAGCCUUUUUCGCAGGUUUAAAAGUGAUUCAGUUUCUGUAAAUACUGUUGAGCCAAAAGUUCCAGAGGCAGUCAUUUUGUAAGGUUUUUGACUUCUACAUGCUGACCAGCUUGUAAAACCAUUGAACUCCAUGCCUGCAACAGCUGCCAAUUUAACUGCCCUUCAAAGGUAAUUUCACUGGCAAAAAAUGCAGUCUUUUCUUUUAGACUCCUUUGUGAAAUUAGAUUUACACAAACUAUUUCUAUUUCCUGACCUCACCUCCUUUCUCACUGAAAUUGUGGACCAAAAGGUGGCCAUUUAAAAUUAAAAUGGCUGAACUGAUCCUCCACCUUCUUACUUGUGGGACAAAGAGCAAAAACUAGCAAAUAUUUUUUACUUGAAUUAGUACUUGUAUGCUUUAACCUUCACUAUAAGCUAUAACCUGGCACAAUGGUAUACCAGGUUUAUUUUGAAUUAAAUAGUUGGUGGUUUCCAAGAAUUUGAGACAUUAACAUGCUUUGAAUACAUUAAGGUGUUGGUUGCCUUUUACCAAUGAAACAUGCUCAAAUGAGAACAGGAAUUCUUGGAAUAUUGAGAUAUGUGCAAACUAGUAAUGGAUUUCCAGCAGUUCUCCGUGAGCAAAGUACCAUGUGUAUUAUAAUAGUGUGGAUCAAACAUUCAUUGAGUGCUUAACAGUUUUCUAGUCACAGAAUUGGUGUUCUUUUUCUAGCACUUUUACAUAGGGCUGGAGACUCCAUGGUAGGUUUUGUAAGAGUUGUUGCAAUAGUCUGAAUCUGGCCAGUCCCUUAAAAUAGAAAAUAUGAUCACUGUUUAUAUAUAAUUUUCAUAGAUAAUGCCUGUAAAAUACAUUGACAUAUUUAACUUGUAAAUAAAUCGUGGACCUUUAAAAAAA